AUGAAAGCGCUUGCCGUGCAGAAACAAGACAGGCCAGACGGGGCCAUAGAUGCAGUAUUUUACGAAAACGCGACCAGAGGCGUAUACUCUCUCUUUGCACACGAUAGUCCUUUUUCCAAAGUUUCCAUCGAGUCGGAAAAAGACUUCUCCUUCGUUGAGAAGAAGCUCGAGGGGAUUGUCCAGUGCGUUGUAGCACCGCAUCCUCGCCUCUCGUACAUGUUUCACGUGCAGUACAUCUCUGCGCCUUGCAGUGCUUUUGACGUCUACACAGACGCAGUAACGGCACUCUCCGUUCUGAUGGUCCAUGCCGGGAUAGAGGCCACGGACACGCUUGUCCCGUACGUGAAAGAGUUCCCGAACGGGUCUGUGUGGGUCUGCAAGAAGUUCUUCAAAAAUGAAAUUGUGUCUAUGAAGACAUCGGGGCUUCUUUCCAAGAGCGAGGCCGUUAUGGCUGCAGAAUACAUCCCCAACCAAGAGCUUUCCGGGGUCAAGAAGUUGCUGGGCCUGCUUUAA